AUGUUCAGAUCAUACUCCGGCCUUUUGUCGAAAAGAAGAAAAAGCAAGGGAGGCGUGUUUCAAGUCGUGUCGACUGCAGUCUCGGAGCCCGAAACAGUCAAUGAACCGGUCGUGACGUGGACCUACUCGCGAGUCAUCGACGACGAGGAGCAGAAAACGCAGAAUGGCUGUUUCACGACAUUGCCCAUCCGGAUCCACAAAGAAGACCAUGUCGCCGAGGAAGGCAGUCAGCGCUUCGUCCAGGACCUGAACUAUAUCGUCACCGAUAAGACGGCACCCAAGACCGGCUGCCUAUCCUCACCCGUCGGCAACUAUGCGAGCGUCAUCUAUCCCGAGUGUCUGCCGGACAGGUUGGAGGUUGUCGCGUAUCUGACCGAGCUGGGCUAUCUGCACCUCGAGUGGAUCGUCCAUGAACUGAUUUCAGAAGAACACCCGGAUCAACAGACAUCAGAGAGCUCUGCUGACAAUGUCGCUGAAGAGAAUGACGGGCCGACCGAAUCACCUCGAGACGCUUCUUUGAAGAAGCUUUUGACCAAGGCAAUGACCGAUCUUGCCGACAGAAAUCAGCUGGUCGGGCUGGAGAUCAUCGAUACGUACCGAAACAACUGGCUCUCCUCGAAGGAGACCCCCACCGCCGAUACCUUUGCAAACAUUGACGAAUACGUGGCUUUCAGACGCACCAAUGCUGGCAUCAAUCUGUAUGGAACUUUGAUGGGCUUUUCCCACGGCACCCGCUUCACGAAGGAGGACUACUCGACCAUGACGGAUGUCCUCAGUGCGGCUGAACGAGCUAUCAUCUUUACAAAUGAUUACUACAGCUGGGCCAAGAAGAGGAAGGACUCCAAGGCCAAUGUGAUUCUGUUCCUCAUGCAGCACGAAGACCUCUCGGUGGAGGCGGCGCGGGAACGGACCAAACAGCUGAUCCUGCAGAGCGAGUACGAUUUUGUUAAGCGGCGCGAAGCACUAUACAAGAGCCACCCGGACCUAGCACCUCAACUGCGGAAGUGGGCGGAGGUCUUGGGAGCGGCCAUCGGUGGCGUUCACUACUGGUGUGCGAACACCCCUCUGCCGGCAGUUGAAGAAGAGGAGCCCGAGGAGGAAGUCUCCAUGGAGGAAACCAAUGGCGUCGUCAACGGAGAAGACCUUGUGAACGGCGCUGCGCAUCCUAACGGCGCCGUCCCUGACGGGGAAACAGUUCGCUCGGCGGAAGAGGACGACAAUUCCGACGAAGAGGAAUCCUCUGAGGGUGAUGACGACGACGAUGACGAAGAUGACGACGACGACGAUGAGGAGGAGGAUGACGAGGAAGAUGGUGCUCGUGAGGGUGAGCAAGAAGUUCGCGCGCAGGAAGAGGAAGCACCCCCAGCCCUGCAACCCCCGAUCGUCGAGAUCAGUCCCGUGCAGCUAGAUAGCUCGCCCUUGGUGGCGCCGAUCGGGUACACCAAGUUCGUUUCGGCCAGUGAGGUGCAGUCGAACCUGAUGUCUGUGUUGAACAUCUGGCUGCAAGUGCCAUCGCGCCCGUUGAGCUUGGUCAAGCAAAUCGUCGACGACCUGCACUCCGCGUCUUUGAUGCUCAACAACAUUCAAGACAACCAGUCGAGUGUGCAGCAAGGCAAGUCGGCGGCACAUCUCGUCUUUGGGCCCGCGCAAUCCAUGAACAGCGCGGCCUACACGUUUGUCAAGGUUUCCAAGCUGGUGAACAGCCUCAACUGCCCCGGCAUGCUGGACGGUCUCCUCGAGGAGCUGGAGCUCCAGUUCAUCGGCCAGAGCUGGGACUUGAACUGGCGGUUCUCCCUCUACUGCCCGUCGGAGGCAGAGUAUAUGGCCAUGAUAGACCGCAAGGCCGGCUCCACUUUCAAGGUGCUGACGCGCCUGAUGCAGUCCACUGGCAUGAAGGGCUCCACGCUGGACUUUGAUUCGCUGACCAUCCUGAUGGGUCGGUGGCACCACAUUCGCGAUGACUACCUGAGUCUCCAGGUUCCGGAAUGCAAGGUCCUUGACCAGGGUAAGCUCUCGUACCCGAUUGUCCGGUGCUGCGAAACCGACCCCGCCGCCAAGUCGAUCAUCUUCGGCCUCUUCCGCCAGAACCACGACGUGCUGCCCGCCGACAGCAAGGUGCAGAUCCUGGAGCUGCUGCACCGCUCCGGUGCGUUGCAGGACACGUACCACCUGAUCCGCAAGUUGGCAGAUGAUAUUGAGCAGACGCUCAAGUAUAUCGAGAGCGUGGCGGAGGAGCCGAACGCAGCCUUGUCCUCGCUGGUGGCGUCUCUGGAAGACGUCCCUGUCCCUGGGGCCUAA